AGAGUCCAGGUCCACGUGGUCUCUUCCGGGUCGCGGCUACCUCGGGAGAUGCCUCCGAAUGGCGCCGCUACCACCGCCUGCUGCUGCUGAGGCGUCCUCCAUGCCCGCUACGCCCCGCACCACCAACACCCUCCUCCUCCUCCUUCUCAUUGUCAUCGCCUGCCUCUCCCCAGGCAGCAGCAGCAGCAGCAACCGUGGGGUGAUCCGCAUGAAGAUUGUUGAGGAGCCCAACUCGUUCGGGCUCAACAACGGCCUCGUGGCGCAAGCGACCCGGCUCAAGGCCAAGGUGAAGCCGUCGCGAGUGACAGGGCCUCGCCAUCUCUUCCGGCUCGCUGGGAAGUGCUUCAGCCACACCUCAGGAUCGUACAAGUACGACUUGUGCCCGUUUCACAACGUGACCCAGCACGAGCAGUCUCUGCGGUGGAACGCUUACAGCGGCAUACUCGGCAUCUGGCACGAGUGGGAGAUCGUGAACAACACCUUCAUCGCUAUGGUGAUGAGAAAUGGUGACAACUGUGGCUCCAACAGCCGGCAGGCCAAGGUGACCUUCAGGUGCGGGACUCAGAAUGCGCUGCUGGGCGUGGAGGAGCCACGCACCUGCGAGUACGCAGUCAACUUCACCUCGCCGCUCGUGUGCCACCCGCACAGCAUGCUGGUGUACCCCACGCUGCCCCAGUCGCUACGAGAGGAGUGGGAUAGGAUUGAGCAAGAUCUGUACGACGAGAUCAUCACCCAGCAGGGCUACGAAAAGCAACUGCGGACGGCGAUCUUCAGGAAGAGCGGCUACGUACUGUCGGCAGACGCUGACGCCACGGCCGCAGAUGGUCCAGAGGAUCAGGAAAGAGUCUUUAACACGUUGGACUCGUGCAAUGAGGAGUACCGCACGCUGCAGGAAGAGGUGAGGAGGCUGAAGGCUCUGCUGCAGCAGCAUGGCAUCUCGCCCAACCAUACAGCGACGGCGGCACCGCCAGCCUCCCGGGCAGAGCAUCGCCUGGCUGGGGGUGGGCUGCCCGCCACCUCCAACGGGGCUCCGAGAGGUCUGCAGCAGCUCAAGGGAGAUGUAGGGGAACGCUGACCCCUCCAGACUGACCCCUCCAGGCUGACCCCUGCGCAGCCUUGGACACGAAUUCUCAAACUCACGCGAGUUCAGAGCAGCGCUGUGGGGACCCUUGGGUAGAUAAAGUUGCCGAAUCCACCAAAAAUUGUAAUUGGGCUCCUUUUCUGUCUUACAGUGUGUAAACGAAGUGCGUGCAAUAUGGCAUCGGCAGUGGUGCAAUAAAAACUCCCUUAUAUAAUUUGUAGAUUUUAAUAAUUGUAUUUUACCUGUUGAAUAAACGGUAAUGCUGCUCCCCACCAUGUACAGCAAAUCCUCGAUUAACGUGGUCGACGAGUUCCUGAAAAGUGCCGCGUUAGGUGAAAAGAUUACCCCACGCAAGGCGUCAGACAGUGCCCGACAGAAAAUAACCCAACCCCUAAAUACAGCCGAAAACGACGCCCACCGCGCUGGGUUUCAUCUUUAUCUGAAGUUUAUUAAAUGUCUUGAAAAUUACAGAAGAUAGUAAAAAAAGACAAGACCUAAAUUCAGCUCCAAAAAUAAUCUUGGCUGUAAACAGUUUGCCCCCGGUUGCUUUGUGGCGCUGGGGGCUCCGGCGAUAAGCGUCGCAACAUGGAGCGGGGAAACAACACGGCCGCAAUUUACAACAAAACCACAAAAGCCUUGCCGGGCCGGCUGGCCUCGGACUGUAAACAAAAUGAAGAGGCGUUAACCGCAAACUUCUCUAAAGACGUUAAACCUUCACGAGGUGGGGCGGGGCAGCUGCUACAAACUAAAUCCAAAACUUUCUACCCAGCUCUCUGUGACGCCAACUCCCCCACCCACCGUAUGAGAGAGUGAAACACUACUACUUGUUUAAUAGCGAUAAUAAUUUAAAAUAUGUACCCAUGAAACUCCCAUUUGUCUUAAAUAGUUUUAAAAGUAUGUGGGGAUGUUUUGUGCCCAAUUCUUAAGUGUUUUUUUCGUGGCGCUUUACGCGGGGAAAACUGGAGUACGUAACUUGAAGAGAACCUAGUGCGAAUAGAUCCAGCCAACCUACUUGCUCUCCUGCUCCCCGACAGAAACCACGUUUUUCCAGCAGGUGCUCUUGGCAAGCUGAGCAUGGCCCUUUCGUUGGAGCAGACAAUUCAGGAUUCAUCCCUGCUAGAUCUACCCACCCCAAACUUCCACAUUCACCAUUGUGCCACCCUAACCGAUCACACAAAGCCAUUAAAAACAUGUUUGCACCACAACUUUUUUUUUGCACCAAGGGGGAAAAAAAAAUGCUUUUCACGCUAAGCACGACCAUUUACAUAUGGGCAGUGUGAAACGCAUCGCGAAGAGUAUAUUUUUUCCAAUAUUAAAAGGCGAAUUUUACAUUUCUGCGUCGUAAUACAUUUUUUACACUUAAAAGACUUUGGCCACGAAUCGGUAAGAAAUCCGUUCCACCCCGGUUGUUAUUUCCCCACGCCGGCGAUGGUACGCGGCCGGUGCAGGUUGCACACCGCGCUUGCCGCAUAACGCUCGUGGUUAAAUGCGCUGCCGACGGGCGCCGCCUGGAGCCACUCACCGUGCUGUGGUCUCCAAUGAACAUGCAACACACCGCAUGGAGAACGCUACAGCGUCAACGCUCGCAGACCCUCCACAACGCUGCAUGGGGUAAAUGAGGCGUAAACCCCACCUGAAAGAAGCUGUUUUUUACACGAUUUUAUACUUAAAUCGCUGCACUUUAACUUU